UUCCAAGUCAGUACUCAGCAGUAAGCAGUUUUUUCUCAACAAAAGAAAGUAAAUAGAGGUAGAUUUCACAUUUCAGAGGGAAAAAUGGUGGCCGUCGACCCGAAAGCCCUUCCCUCCGCCGAAGCCGUGAAUCACCAGUUCACCGUGGUCAUCGACGGCGCCGAGACGACCAUCCACGAGGGCGUGCUCCGGUGCAACGGCGGCACGCUCACCGUUGUCAGCCCAGGCGUCCUCGAGGUCAGCAGGCUGCAGCACGUGGUCGUGCGCGGCGGCGGCGGCGGCGACGUGCGCUUCGCCCGGUGCAGCUUCGCGGCGGCAGAGGCCUGCGGCGCCGUGUCCUUCCACAGGUGCGACGCGGUGCGCGUCGACGGGGCCGGGGAAGUCGCCGUGCGGCGGUGCAAGUCCGCGGCCGUGGAGCGCGCGGGCACGGUGAGCAUCCGGAGGUGCAAGGGCGCCGCGCGCGUGCACGGCGCCGGGGAGCUGCGCCUCGGGCGGUGCCGGGAGGCGGACGUGGGCAACUGCUCCGACGUGGCGCUGGGGCGGUGUCGCGAGGCGCGCGCCGACUGGUGCGGCUCGCUCGGCGUCGCGCGGUGCCGGUCGGCGGACGUUAGCCGCUGCGGCGCCGUGCGCGUCGACCGGUGCGGCGACGCGAACGUGGCGAGCUGCGGGAGCGUGAUGGUGCGACGCGGCAAGGUGAACAUGGUGGAGGCGCAUCAGCCACUGCAGGGUUGGCAGGAGCAGCCCCUGUGUCAGAAAGCAGAGCCAGCCGACCCAGUGCCCAUGGAAAUCAUGAGCAAGUGAAGAACUAUCUGAUGAAAUGCGGAUUAUACUAGUGAUAUUAUGUGUGUGGUACUACUAUAUUUCCUUUUUCUUUGAGCACAUAUAUGGUAUACUACUAUUUGUUUACUGCAUAGUAUAGUAGAAUAUAUUUCUACGAUCUGUAUGUUUCCGCUGUGCUCCAUGAAGUUCUGGAUAACGGCUACGCUAAAUAUCAGUCGACUGAUUUUUGGCAAAGUCUCAGUCAAUAACAAUCGUGUGUACGUGUACGUUGGCUCGAA